AUGGGUGUUGACCACAGUAGUGUUGUGAAGUAAGCCUUGUGCUGCACAUCUGUUUUGUUAUGUCUCAACUCUUGUGUGACCAACUUAAUUGAGAUUGAAGAUAACUUGCACCUUUUAUGCAAUUUGUAAACACUGGAAACACUACGAAAAUUUAUAUUCUACAAGAUUCCGAACGGAGAUGGGGGGGGGGAAGGGUGUGCAAUACCCUCACAUCUGGGAAAACUGGUCUGAAGCGAAUAUUCUGUUAUUGUCGACUUCAAGUCACUUUUCAACGCUUGUUACCAAGUUCGUUGCGAACUUGCCAAUUACGUUUCCACUGCGAAAAUUAAGUGUGAACUUCGCAACGAAGUUUGCAAGUACUUUUCAAUGUUUGAACUUCGUUUGUAUAAACAAAUGUUCAUAACUCAGUAAUAAUAACCAAUUCAAUAAAAUACAAACACUCUUGGAAGACCACUGGACAAAGAACGUUUCAUUGAAAUGUUAAUUUCAACUUGAACUAUGGACAGUUGUUACACCAGAAAGUUCAAACAUUGAAAUGAACUUGCGAGCUUCGUUGCCCAAUUUGCAAACUUGGAAAUGUAUUUUCCAUGCACGUUCGCAACGAACUUGGGAAGUGUGCGUUGAAAAGUGAUGAGCUGAAACCGACAAUAAUAAAAAUAUACCUUGUCUGUAGAUUAUUUGGACAUUGUGAUUUGAGCGUUGAUCGGUUAACCAGAAUAUCUCCAGACUGUGUGGUGUCUUGUGUUACACCGCAAUGCGCCACAAUGCGACCUACUUUGUUAAUUCACGUACUGUCUCUCAUACCAGACGAUUUUGCAAGUCAAGGGUUAUAAAUUUGCGGCUUGAGCAUUAAUGGUCAACCACAUUGUCUGCCCUAUCGUUGGUUAACCCAUUUAGUCGCGUAAUACGCCCUACAGCCCCUACUAUUAUCAAGUCUAGGUUUUGAAGGAUUUCUAGGAAAUGUUUGGGGAACUGACUCAGUGUUAAACACUUACGCCUGUAUUCUAAAAGCUCACUCACACUCAAUGAGUGGAGGUUCAAUCUGAGCUUCUCUUUAGCGUCAAUGCUGCUUUUGAAUAGCUGGAGGGGUAGUGCCAUACGUUACUAUGUGACUGCUCACCCUCCAGCUAUUCAAAAACAGCAAUGACACUCAAGAGAAGCUCAGAUUGAACCUCCACUCAUUGAGUGUGAGUGAGCUUUUAGAAUACGGGCGUUAGUCAGAACUUUCUUACAAAUCCUUCAAAACUUAGAAACUGCAUUUACCUAUGCAAAACUCCUAGGCCUACUGUCAUCACAGAAUCUUUGAUAGUAUCAACCAGGCUUAACACCACACCGUUUUAUUCGGUUAUUUUAUAGAGAUGAAAUAAAGCAGGAAAUUGAGAAAAUUUUGGUAUGUUCCCUGGCAAUAUAUAGUAUACGAAACCUUUUGGUUAUGCUUCUCACGGCGUAGCUCAGCCAGAAAUCUGAAAUUCUAUGAGUAUCAAGCAUAAAGGCCGAUUUACACAACGUUUGCCUAAAUCUAUCGCAUGCAACCUGCUUACAACUUGAGUUGUACUGUGCAGUAAAUCACACUUAAUAGAAUACAUGGUUUGGAGACUCGAUGAAAUUACAAUAUAUCUCAUUAACUAUGUUGGUUUCGGUUUAUGCAAGAAAUUGGGCUUGUAGUGUAUUGUAUUUUUUCCCGCACAACCAAUAGCAAUGUUUAAAUUGAGCAUUUGUUCAAGUUACGGAUGGAUAACUCAACCACAAACUUGUUAUUGGUUAUUUGAGCGAAAAUACAAUACACACGUGACGAGAUAGGACCAAAUUCUUGCAUAAAGCUGGACAAUAACAUAGUUAAUGAGUUAUAUUGUACUUUCAUCGAGUCUCCAAACCAUCUAUUAAAAUAACUGUGAGAAAAUAAAACAUACAACUUGCCUAUGUUGUCGUGGGUCAGUUGUGUGCUUGAUGAACACAGUACCACUUAAGUUGUAAGAAGGAUUGCAUGCGACAGUUUUAGGCAAAAGUGUGCAGUGGGAAUCGGCCUUAAGCAACUUAUAUUUCUUAUAUUUGGUUUGUAUAUUUUUAUAAUUGUAAUUUCUAACUGAUUUUUAAUUAUUGGUCUUCGUUUCAGGCUGAUGUACAGCUUUGGUCGGACACGGAGAAACUUCUUCUUUAUCUGAAGUUACCAGGAAGUAAACAUCGAGAUAAAAGCAAAGAUGAGCAAGAGUAAGUUGUGAUCAUCUUGUUUCCUUGUUUGUCUUCAAAAUUAUUCACAGAGGUGGAAAAAUAUCAUUGUUUUAAAGAUAUUUUGCUUCACACGACAACACAUCUUAAUAAACGUAAUCCAUGUAAAGUAACAAUUUUAUUUUUUCCUAAAUAUUGUAAUCUUUUGCAGAACAUUUUGAGCUCUAAACCCUGGUUCCCAAAAAGAAAAAAACAUUUUCCUCCUAAUUAUUCAUGAACUGUUUAUUGUCUUGUAGUCCUCACGCCAUACCAUUGUCGACAACCAGAGCUGAACAAACCCAAGCUUUCCAUUGGUAAGUUGUCAGGAAUGUUGAAGGGGAACAAUGGAGGAAGGAAGGAAUCAAAGAUGGAAAGAUGGAAGAAUGAAGGAAGAAACGAAGAAAUAGUGAAUAGCCCAAAAUGAUUCGAUAUUCGUGCGAAUUGACGAAGAUCAUCAUUGAUUCGAAAUAUUUUGGUGUUAAUAUUGUCUUAUUUAUCUAGGAUUCGCUGUCACCUGGAAGAAUGUGAAAAUAAUUCAACUUUACCAAAACAUGAAGUUUAUGAUGAGUACAGAGCUCACUGUGAAAGUGUGAACGCAGUGCGCGUGCUCAGUGCACCUGAUUUUGGCAAGAUCAUUAAGUGUGUUUUUCCAAACGUGAAAGCGAGGCGCCUGGGAACAAGGGGAAACUCAAAGUAUCCUUUUUGUCAUCACACCCACUUCGAAUUCCUGAAAAUAGACUACGAUGUCAAAUCCAUACAGUAGCUUUUGUCAUUUAUCAGUUUAUUUCUUAACGUACUGAUCAGAUAUUGUUAUAGUGGCAUUCAGAAAAAGAGAAUUGUGAAAUCUCCUCAGUUGCCAAACCUUGUAGCACCCAUGCCCGGAGACAAGAAUAUGGUAAGCUAGCGUGUUACAUAACAGACCAAGGGCUACCCUGGUGCGGUAAUAUAACUCGCCUCAACUCACCGCGAGAUAAUGCGAGUUCAGGCGAUUUUAGCAAAAACUGCAGCUUUUAAGCAACGCGAGUUUAGGCGAUUUAGGGAUAUUUUGGUGCUUUCCUGUUGGCCAGUUAAUCCGAGUUUGGUCGAUUUUAGUCGAUUUAAAAGAACAUAUGUAUAUAAUGUCAUAAAAUUUAUUUAACGAGAUCGAUUUCAGAUCGACCCCGAAGCAGACCGAUCUCAGAUUGAUCUAAAAGUGUACUGUGAAAAGGCCCUGAGAAUCGAACUUACUAUCUCAGUGGUAAAAACGGUUGCUUUUCAAUGAGUAUACCAUUCAUAUACAAUAAUACAAAAUCUACCAUCCUCUAGAAUAAUGCUGGCUCCUCAUGUUCCAAUGGAGAUAAAAUCGGCGACGACCAGACAUUGAUAGCAGCUUGUGACCUCGUGUGCGAAUGGGCCAACAAACUCCUAGGUCGAGUAUUUAAUACUCUGGUAGAACUGGGCAGGUUCCUAGUUGGAGGGAGUUAUGUGUCGAGCAAGUCUAUGGCCGCUUUUAUUGUCAUGUCGAGCAAUGAAUCUUCUGGAUCAUAUAGCAAGUAAGAUAAACAUCACUUUUUAUAGUUGGAUAGAUUGGUAUAAUAUAGGUCGUCACACUGCGUGCGGCGCUUGGAGGAGGGAGGGCGAGGUUUUGAGAAAAGAGUGUGCCCUCUUUCCCUUUAUCUUCUGCUCUCCUUCUAUGGAAAGUUCGAUAUUUUCCGACAUGCUGGAACAACAUGUUUUUCUUUGAAUUGUUUUCCUUUGGAAUAGUCUUCCCGUUCAUAUAUCAUUGAAUAUACCUCUAUUUUCUCUUUCAAACACAAUCUGUAUUCUCAAAAGGUAUUAUUUGUAUACCUUUCCAAACUUGAAUAUAGCUUUGACGUGAAUAGAAUGCGCACUUGGAAGACUUAUUGUUCCAAGUGUUGUUCCUACAACCCAACUUGUUGAUCUUAAAGAUUAAUCUCAUGCACUUUUCAUGUUAAUUAAUAUUUGUUCAAAUAUAUCACUAUGUAAAUGUCGACGUGUCUUUAAAUAUAUGUUAUAAUUGUUGUUGUCUUUCUUGGGCAACUCUCAAGCCGGUCAGGCUCUCUACUUCCGCUUCCAUCCCAGACACGCUGCUGGAGUGUAUUUGGGAAGGAAGCGGAACUAGAGAGACUGGCUUACGAGGUUGUUUCCUGGGUUGCUCUUAAUAUGGGGGAUUCUUGUCCUGUUGACUUUACCUUCAACAGUGCAUUUUUUAAGGAUUCUUCAGUGGUGGGGCAUGACGUCAUAAAUUAGCGGACAUAUUCACACUCAUUUACAUAUCAAACAAAUUGAAAUAUCUCGGCAACAAACCAUAAAAACAAGAAACUGAAAAAUAAGUUACACUACAACUUAAAGAGUUCUUUCAUUCAUUUAAGAAAAUCAGAAAUUUGAUGUCAUAUACACUUUAAUAUUUAAUUGUUCAUGUAUAAAAGGUUGUAAAGUUAAUAAAUAAAUAAAUGUUGUGCGAACAGGCCUACCUUACUAACUCAACCAUGAACUCUUUUUCUCAUCACAAUUCUUCAUUUCAGAUUGACACUCAACGGGCGUAAAAUUAACUCAGACGAACAAUCACUGAUCAGCCAGAAACGUAAACAAACUCAACAACAUCUACAGCGAAAGAUUCAACAGCGACAACAACAUAAGCAACAACAACAACAUCAGCUCAAUUUGUUACUCCAUCCUUCGACACCUACGGGAAAGCAGUUUACGCCCAUUUUACCUCAAACCCAGAAGGUAAGUUUAAAUGCAGUUAAUAAUCGAUUGUUGGCAAUGAUUAUAGCAACAGAUUUCAGGAACGAAUCGUGCCUGAUGUUAAGUAUUAUUUAAAACACGAGCAGGAGGCGACAGCCAGGGUGUUUUAUAUCUAAGAAAGCAGGGACUGCGAGUGUUUUGAAUGACCUAAAAAACAACCCAUCUUAUGAGUUCAUUGGCGAAGUAAUUUUAAAAAUCAACGUUGUAUAAGCCGAGAAAAUCAUAGCUAAAGUUUUUUAUCACAAAGUGAUUUUCUUUGUCUUUUCCUCGUGAAUUAUUAACGAGUUUAGAAACCUACUUCCGUCAGACUUUUUUUUUAACAGCUUUAUUAGGAACUAAAUAUAUUACAUUAAUAACGUACAAAUACAACAAACAUGCAGUUCCUAAACGGGAAAAUAGCGAACGGGCCAUAAUAGCCCAUGCGAGGCUACCUCCCGAACUGCACAUGGAAUUGGAAGCUUGUCUGUGUAGAUGAACCGAUUUCUUCCAAACAGAUCAAAAUGUCUGUGCUAUAAAUGGCGCUGUUUAUGAACUGAACAUGAUAGCUUAUCGUGUCGUUUCCAUUUAGGGAAACACGGUUACACUCGUCAACGGACUCCGUAUUCAAACUAAACCUCAACAACUUCAGUUAUCUCCGAAGCUAAACAUAGUCACCAAUCUUCAAAGUCCUCCAACACCCUGUACCCCGGUCAUCUAUAAUCAAACACCGCAAAAGACCUUGGGUCAUCUCCCCCCGUCGACCACCCUCAGCCCUGUCACCCCCUCCCUUACUAGUCCAAGUCUACACUCCCCCUACAAUACCAAAUCCCCAAAACGCAGUGCCCCCCACACUCCUCGCAGUGAAACCAUAACUCCGAGUCCUAUCAGCACAACCCCCCGGCAUACACCAAACGGGGAAGUCACUCGCUUUGUGUUUACUCCUAUAACAAACGGGACUGCAGAGAAUAAGAUUUCUGUGCAGGGGGGUGAUGCAAGUCCGCCCAUGUUAAAACGGCCUACAGCUACUCAUCCUGGAUUGAGCAAUGAGUGGAGUAACCAUCAGAAUAAAGCUACUGCUGUUUUGACCACAACGCCUAUCAAAGGUAUAUAUAUGUGCACAUAGAUAUAAUUAAGUUUCAAUAUAUAUACUGUUUGAUUAUCUGAACAUAUUGUAUCACUGUACGAGUGUGAGAUGCCCAAUAUAUUCUGAUAUUUACCCAUACAAAUUACUGAACUAUCAAGUUGCAAAGAAAACAACAAAGAAUGAAUGUUGACUUCAAAAAGCAAACUCUUAAAGAUUCUGUUCCAUUCCCAGAUACUCCUGGUUCACCCUGCAAGCACCCGCGCAUUGCUCUCAAAGAUCCACCAAGCACAUCCAACCGACAGACGAAUUCAUUUUCUCAACCAAUGAUGUCUCCUCGUGUGAACAAACGCACAGGUAUGUGUGAUGGAAAGGUCUUUCCUCACGGGAUCACCUCUCUCUCCUCCGCAGAGGCUUCAGUUUUGGCUAUGAUUACGACUACAGGAGGAGCCCAGCGUGUUCUAAGAUCCGCCAUGUAAAAUGUAGUGAAAUGUAUAUCAAUACUAAUCGUAAUCAUAGCCAACCAUACUAAAGCCUCGGCGGAGGAGAGAGAGAUCCGUCAUUUGGACGACAUCCAGUCGACACUAUGUAGAGGCUUAAGGCCGUUUUCCACUAGGCGGAAUUUUCCGCGCGGAGCGGAAUUUUUCUUUGUCUUUUCUAAUCAGUUCCACCCGAGAAAUCAUAAGACAAAGAAAAAUUGCGCUCCACGCGGAAAAUUCCGCCUAGUGGAAAACGGCCUUUAAGGCCGUUUUCCACCAGGCGGAAUUUUCCGCGCGGAGCGGAAUUUUUCUUUGUCUUGUGAUUUCUCGGGUGGAACUAAUUAGAAAAGACAAAGAGAAAUUCCGCUCCGCGCGGAAAAUUCCGCCUAGCGGAAAACUGCCUUAAUAUAUCGUAAGGCUGAAGCGAAGAAGCCAUAUUGUAUUGAUAUUCUAAUAGAUGUUUUGUGUUAAUUUAGCAAUAAACUUAUCUUCGCCGAUGCCAGCCACGAAUACCAAUCAAGGACGAGUAACCUUAUCUCCUCGCGGGCCGAGAACAAAUACGUCUAGACAACCUAUUGCUAGGCAACAGUCUUUAUCUUCGUCAUGUUCCGUCACACUCCAAUCAAGUCCUCAAACCCAGGCUCUCACACAUCAACCGCGGAAUUUGACUACGUUUCCGUUCAGGUAUAUAAUUAUACAUUUCGUUUGCUUUAUAAACACCACAGCAGAGAGGGCACACAUUUGUGCACAUACACUGCGAGAAGAUUUAGUUAGCUCUUGUCCAUCUUCAAUCUCAGAUUGUUUUAUCCAAUCAAAAGAAGUCUAUACUUAUAACACUGGACAUUGUGUGUCCAAUAACUUCUAUGUUGAAUACUCAAAACUAACUACAACUAUCACAUCCUUUGUAAAAUCAGGUGUUAAAAUUUGGAAUAGUAUUCCCACUGAUGUUCGAAAGUUGGGUAGAAAAAAUUUCAAUUUGAAAAUUCAGAAAAGUCUUUUAACCAUAUUUGAGAUUGAGGACGAUUAUGCUGAUGUGCCCACAUUAAUUAGAUAUACGAGUAACUAGUAAGCAUGGAAAAUAGUGCUUCCUUCGAAAUGAAUUGGAAAUUAACAGGAAAUUAAUGCUUCUUUAUGAAAAUGAUGCUUUGUGCUGUCAGUAUAUUGUGCUACUUUGUAUUACAACCGAGCAUAUCUUAUUUAAUUUCAUUCUACUAUCCGCCUCGUUUACCUUUGCUAUUAGCGGAUAGUAUUGUAUAUACAGAUUGUUUAUAUAUUUAUUAAUAAAAAUUUGAAUUUGAUUUGAUUUGUCACAGACUUUAACACCAGCACUUGUGGUGACGUGUCACCAUGCUUGCCUUUGAAGUUGAAAGACCCGGGUUCAAUCCUUGGUCUGACCUCUACUCAAGGUCUUAAAAUAAUUGAGGAGAAAUUGCUACCUUUACAUGGACAUUCGCGUCUUCUCGGUUAAGGACGUUAAAAUCCUAAGUAUCUCGGGUCCCCUAUCAAUGGAUGACUUGCGCUUUAGAAAAAAUUUUAAUCUGGGGAUAACAAAGAAUAUUUUUGGAAAGAAGUUAUCAAAAUUAGAAAAACUGCAAAGUUUGGUUGCGAAAUAUUGUAAAAUACGGAAAAUAUAGCCCUGCGAAGUUGGCAAAUUUGUAUACAUUUCUAUUACGUGCGGAAAUUGGUAACUAAUUUAGUUACCAAUUCACGCACGUAUACAAAUUUGCCAACUUUGAAGGGCUAUAUUUUCCGUAUUUUACAACAUUUCGCAACCAAACUUUGUAAUAUUACUAAUUCCAAGACACUCUUUCUAGCUCUGCUGAUAGAUUUCGUUGUUCUUACAUAGAUUAAAAUUUAGUCUAAAGCGCAAGUCGUCCAUUGGGCAAUACUGCCGCAAUAGCCUGUUGGGAAAUCCGCUCACCAAUGAGUGAAAAACUCUUCAAAUUCAAUAAACAAUACCAUUUUAAAUAAUAUCUAAUUCAUGUCAUACUUCUACCUUCUAGUAAUACGUCGACUUCAGAUUGUCGUUUUCAACAAACCGUUGCAACAAUAGCAACACCGAACUUUCUUGAUCACUUGCCCUCUGAACAAGAGUUACAAGCGCUCUGUAAUCAAUUAACUAACGGUACAGCUGCUGUACAGUCUAAUCGCAGUCACUCAGUACCACCGCUACCUCAGAACCUUGUACCGCGCAUGAAUGCCACAAUUCAACCGCUGACCCCACAGACAGAUGGUCGUCACCAGUUCGUUGCACCACGCAUGGCAAAUGCCAGCGGUCUCAUGAUAAAUACCAGCGGUCAUUUUGACGGGCUCAAGCAGCUUAGAAACCGCGUCUUGCAUGGAGAUACAAACAAUAACAGCGGCGCCCACAAUGCCACCAACACAAACGGGUCAGCGGGUUACGCUGCAAAACGGAACCUAAUGGUCGAACUUGAUAAUGUUUCAAAUUGGGCGACGCCCACUUCAUGCGCUUUUCAGCAAAACAAACCACAUAAUAUUUUAGCCGACGACCCGUUAGCAGGUUUGAAUUUGGACGAAAUCGCAAUAGAUGCGUCAAACGGGAAUUUUGACAUACUUGUGGACGAGGCAUUGUUUGGAGACAACAAUACAUUCGUGACAUCAUGGAAUGCGCCCGCGCAAACUGUUACAUUGGACAGCUGUUUGUGA